AUAAUCCGCGUGCAGUCGCCGGAGGGAGUGAAGCGCAUCACGGCCACGAAGCGAGAAACGGUGGCGACGUUCCUCAAGAAGGUUGCAAAAGAAUUUGGUUUCAGGAACAAUGGCUUUUCUGUGUACACCAACAGAAACAGGACAGGCGAGAUCACGGCGUCGCAAAACAAAUCCCUCAACUUACUGAAAAUCAAGCAUGGCGAUAUGCUGUUUCUCUACCCCUCGAGCCCGGCUGGCUCCUCCUCGGAGACCAUGGACACCUCUGCCACUCAGGGCUUGCGGCCCGUGGGAGCCCCCCAGGUGGUGGAAGAUGAGAUCGACCAGUAUCUGAUCAAACAGGAUGGGAAGAUUUACCGGAAUCGAGACCAGCAGCUGUGUCGCCACGGCCCCCUGGGUAAAUGUGUGCAUUGUGUACCGCUGGAGCCUUUCGAUGAGGAUUAUCUAAACCAUCUGGAACCUCCUGUGAAGCAUAUGUCCUUCCAUGCCUACAUCAGGAAGCUGACCGGAGGGGCUGACAAGGGAAAAUUUGUCGCCCUGGAAAACAUCAGCUGUAAGAUCAAAUCGGGCUGUGAAGGGCACCCUCCUUGGCCAGAAGGCAUUUGUACAAAGUGUCAGCCAAGUGCCAUCACUCUCAACAGACAGAAAUACAGGCAUGUUGACAACAUCAUGUUUGAGAACCACACAAUUGCAGAUCGCUUCCUCGACUUCUGGCGGAAGACAGGGAACCAGCACCUCGGGUACCUGUACGGCCGGUACACGGAGCACAAAGACAUCCCGCUGGGGAUCCGGGCGGAGGUCGCUGCCAUCUAUGAGCCCCCCCAGAUCGGUACGCAGAACAGCCUGGAGAUCCUGGAAGAUCCAAAAGCCGAGGUGGUGGACGAGAUCGCUGCAAAGCUCGGACUGAGAAAGGUUGGCUGGAUAUUUACUGAUCUGGUCUCUGAAGACACACGGAAAGGGACCGUUCGAUACAGCAGAAACAAGGACACGUAUUAUCUCAGUGCAGAAGAGUGCAUCACAGCUGGAAACUUUCAGAACCAGCAGCCCAACAUCUGUCGCCUUUCUCCAGAUGGUCAUUUCGGAUCCAAGUUUGUCACGGUUGUGGCUACAGGUGGUCCCGACAACCAGGUCCACUUCGAGGGGUACCAGGUGUCGAAUCAGUGCAUGGCGCUGGUUCGAGACGAGUGUCUGCUGCCCUGCCGGGACGCGCCGGAGCUGGGCUACGCCAAGGAGUCCAGCAGCGAGCAGUACGUGCCCGAUGUGUUCUAUAAG